AUGGCCUUCGCCACCCGCCACUUCGCGCGCGCCGCCUCCUCCUCCGCCGCCACGGCGGCCGCCAAGAAGCUGAUCGUCAAGCAUGUGACGGUCAUCGGCGGCGGCCUCAUGGGCGCCGGCAUCGCCCAGGUUGCAGCAGCCAGUGGUCACACUGUGGUAUUAGUAGACCAGUCAGAUGAAAUCCUUAAAAAGUCUACACAAGGAAUUGAAGAGAGUUUGAAGAGAGUGACAAAGAAGAAGUUUGCGGAUAAGCCUGAGGCUGGUGCUGAGUUCAUUGAGAAGACCUUGAAGAACCUCACAACAAGCACAGAUGCAGUAGCAGUGGUCCACAGCACGGAUCUGGUGAUAGAAGCCAUUGUGGAGAACCAGAAAAUUAAAAAUGAACUCUUCAAGAGGCUGGAUAAGUUUGCUCCUGAGCAUACAAUAUUUGCAAGCAACACUUCAUCCUUGCAAAUCACGCAGUUGGCUAACUCAACCACCAGGCAGGACCGAUUUGGUGGUCUCCAUUUCUUCAAUCCUGUGCCUAUGAUGAAGCUUGUGGAGGUCAUCAAGACUCCAAUGACCAGCCAGAAGACUUUUGAAUCGCUUGUGGAUUUCAGUAAAGCAGUAGGAAAGAGUCCUGUCAGUUGUAAGGAUACUCCAGGGUUUAUUGUAAACCGUCUCUUGGUGCCAUAUAUGAUGGAAGCUGUUCGACUUUUUGAGAGAGGAGAUGCAUCAAAGGAAGAUAUUGAUGUUGCUAUGAAGCUUGGGGCUGGCUAUCCCAUGGGUCCAUUUGAACUGCUGGACUAUGUUGGGUUGGAUACCAGUAAAUACAUUAUAGAUGGAUGGCAUUCAUUAGAGCCCAACAAUCCUCUUUUUGCACCCAGCCCACUCCUGAAUAAACUGGUAGAAGAAAAGAAGCUGGGUAAGAAGACUGGAGAAGGAUUUUACAAAUACAAAUGAACUCCAAACCUCAAGAGGUGUUAAACUAUCUGUGUAUGCUAUUCAGCAUUGCUAUAUUACAGGUGAAUUCUGUUUAAACCUUUCCAAGGAUGGCAGAAGCUGCAUUUAGAACGUAACCCACCUCUGAACUGAGUGAUUGCACUAGUUAACUAUUUCUCUGGUGAAAGCUUGAUUUGGUAGAUUUUUUUUUUCUUAUAAUUCUGAAAAGCUUUAUGUGUACAGUGCCUUCAUGCAAAUGUUGAUUUUUCAGGUGCAGGACAGAAUGACAAGUGAAUUUAUGUAUUUGAAACAUUAUAUUAAUGAGAAAAAUCCUAAAAAUAACCGCACUUUCUUAAAAAUAAAAUUUUCAACAAUUCUGUA